AUGCUUCUCUCUUCUGCAAUCACUCACCAACACCCCUCAAAUUCCACUUCUACCCUCCUCCUUCCCCCUAUUCCCCCCAAACUCCCCUCCACCUCCCUCAAACCCACUCACAGACCUCACCUCGUCGCCACCGCCUCCUCCUCCCCCACCCCCCAAACCAUCCGCCACGUCACCCACACCCCCUCCGAUGGCCACCCCGACUCCAACAACUCCAUGGUCCCCUCCGCCUCCGCCGUCGCCUCCGCCAUCCGCAGAGCCUCCACCUCCCCCGUCCACUUCAUGCAGAGAAUCGAAAAGGAUCAGAAAAACGGCAUUGUUUUGCCUAGCCCCGACUUCCAGCGCCUCUGCAUUCAGCAGCUCGACCUCUUCCGCCGUAUCGUCGAUCCCGACGCUCUCCUCUCCGUAUAUGUAAGACCAGCUGGUAGUUAUGUGAUGGACCGGUUAGAGCUGCGUAGAGUGACUUGCUAUCCGGGAGUGAAUGCAUCAGAUAUUGUGAUUUUAGUUGGAAGUUUUAGUGCUACUGGUUUUCGCGCCGCCGAGGCUGUUCUUUCCAAUCACAAAGUGGAAGUUGUAGCCGAGUGUAAAGCUAUGGUGUUUCCUAUGGUGAAGCACCCUUUUGUGGUGGGGUUCUUGGUUGCUGAGUCACCGAGGAUGGAAAUGCCGCCGGCUGGGAGUGUCCGGGGUGAAGGCUGUGAUUUGAUUCACUGCCCGACUCCGGAGGAAGCCUAUGCGUUGCCCCGGGGCUCUGAUGUCAAGUCUUGGGAUGAUCACUCUUUGGAGGAUGAGCCGGAACAAGUAGCGACUAUGUACAGGUUUAGUGCGGAGCAGAGGUCAAUUGCUAUCAACAUUUCUCGGUCUUUGGCUAUGGCAUAUAUUAUGGAUCAGAAAGCAAUGUUACUCCAGCAAUCGUCGUGGCAGAAUAACAUAAGGAUGAGCAGUCUCGUUGAGCAGAUUCGUGGUCCUCUUUCUAGCAUUCGAACUUUAAGUAAAAUGUUGUCCUUGCAUACAAAGAGAAGUGAGAUUUCUUAUGACAUUGUUGAAGAUAUACUGGUACAAGGCGAUCAAGUGAAAGAUACCCUUCAGCAACUCCAAGAUGCUGUUUACUUGACUAAGGCUAAUAUUAUGCGCUAUAACGAACAUGACUCUACAUAUGUCUAUCCUGAUGCACGGAAGUCCCAAUUAUUGAAUGACUUGCCAAGUGAUAGUUCCAGCAUAAAGAUGCAAAUUUCUCGUGAACAACUUUCUUUAAAUGCUGCAACCAAAGAUAUAGAAAUGCCGAUGCCACCUCUAGCCCUUGCUCCUUUACAGCAAGAUGGAAUUAGACCAUGCAAUGUUUCUGAUAUACUGGUAGAUUUGGUAGAAGCUGUAAAACCUCUUGCCCAUAACCAGCAGCGUGUAGUAGAACUCAGUGAACUUGGAAAAUCUUUGGAAGUAGCUGUCGAAGAACCUGCUUUACGACAGGCUCUGAGCAAUUUAAUCGAAAGUGCAUUAUUGCGUACACAUGCUGGGGGAAAGGUAGAAAUUGUGUCUACUGGAGCUCCAGCAGGAGGUGCUCUUGUAGUAAUUGAUGACAAUGGGCCUGACAUGCAUUAUAUGACACAAAUGCAUUCCCUCGCACCCUUUGGAACUGAUCUCCUCUCAGAAAAUAUGGUUGAAGACAACAUGACAUGGAAUUUUGUUGCUGGGCUGACUGUUGCUCGCGAGAUACUCGAAAGUUAUGGUUGUGUUGUCCGUGUCAUAUCACCUCGGAACACAGAUGCUGCCGUUGGAGCAGGUGGAACUCGAGUCGAACUCUGGCUUCCUUCUCUCAUGGAAUUCUCUGGUACUGAUGGCCCCCUUCUGGAUGCAUAGAUCAACGAACAGAAAAGCGUAGUCCUGCUGCCCCUGUUUGACUAUUAGUGAGAAUGUGGUGGUAGAAUUUGGGAGUCCUUUCUUGAUCAUGCAUUAUGCAUCUAAUAUUUGCAAUUUGGAGCAAGUAAUUCUGUAUAGCCUUUCUGUCUUUCCACAUCAUGCACAGUUUGUACAGAAAUAAUUGAAAAGAAUUAGGCUACUGAAACCUCAUAUAUUGAAGAACUGAUUCCAAAAAUGUAUCAUUCUGGAUCACUGUGUGUAAAAAUUAAAGCUUACAAUCUACUGAGUACUGGGCUUUGCCUCGAUUAAUUUGGACCUUGCUAGUGCUAUACUGUGUUUCUGGACG